CAGACUGACACCAUUGGUCCAUUACUAGACCUAACGAACGAAGAGGACUUCAUUUCAUUUCGUCGAUUGCUUUGGUUUGGUUAAGGGUUAGGGUUUGGAUUUCUUCGUUUGCUUGAUCGAGAUUGAUUGAUUUCCAGUCAUGGCGACAACAGUGACUCCACAGCAGGGCAAUGUGAAGCCGGGGCUGAGAAAGCCGGUUUUCACGAAGGUUGACCAGUUGAAGCCGGGGACCACCGGUCACACUCUUACUGUCAAGGUUGUCAGCUCCAAUACCGUCUUGCAGAAGGGGCGAUCGGUCUCCCAGCACCUCCGCCAGACUCGUAUCUCAGAAUGUCUCGUCGGGGAUGAGACCGGUACUAUCAUUUUCACUGCCCGUAACGAUCAAGUUGACUUGAUGAAGCCUGGUGCUACUGUUAUUCUCCGCAAUGCAAAGAUUGACAUGUUUAAGGGGUCUAUGAGGCUAGCUGUGGACAAGUGGGGACGUGUUGAGGUCACAGAGCCUGCUAACUUUGUAGUGAAAGAAGAUAACAACCUCUCUCUGGUCGAAUAUGAGUUGGUGAAUGUUGUGGAGGAGUGACAAACAUAUCUUCACAAUCCCAUAACCAUAUUUUCAGAUUAGAAUAGCAUCGGAGUUCUAAAGCUUCGACGGUUAGUUUUACUCUAAUUACUUGGCAAUUUACUGCAACUGUGGCUGUAUUUGAAUGUGUGGGUGGUAUAGAAAAUUGUAGUUAAAAUCAAAACUGGUGGCUCAUUUAUGUUUAUGGAAGAGACGUGAUGUAGAUUCUCUAUUAGGUAUUUGCAUUGACCGCACGGAGCUUGCCUUAGCAAGGUGGAAAUGUAAGCAAGUGUUUAAUGAUAUAUAUAUUAUGUGGCUUAAUUAUCCUUU